GAGGCCAGAGGGUGACAGGCUGUGGUGACCACCAGCAAGAAGGCCCAGCCUGAUGAGUGGGCAUGUGCUCAGGAGGGAAGGUGGAGCCUGGAAUGGUGGCCGUCAGAGUUUCUGGAGAAGUGGCUCUGGACAUGGAGGUGUGAUCAGAACCAUCUGGGAUGCUGCUGCAGAGGCCCAGAGGCCCUUCCCUCCCCUGUGGCCCUGGAGUCUCCUGCAGCUGGGGAGAGGCUGAGUUUUUGGGGUGGUAAGAGAGCCACACACUGAUGGAGACACCUCUUGAGAAGGCCCUGACCACUAUGGUCACCACUUUCCACAAAUAUUCGGGGAGAGAAGGCAGCAAACUGACCCUGAGCAGGAGGGAACUAAAGGAGCUGAUCAAGAAGGAGCUGUGUCUUGGAGAGAAGAUGAAGGAGAGCAGCAUUGAUGACCUGAUGAAGAGCCUGGACAAGAACAGUGACCAGGAGAUCGACUUCAAGGAGUACUCAGCACUCCUGAGCACUCUGUGCAUGGCCUACAAUGACUUCUUCCUGGAGGACAGCAUAUGACCGGGCUCCGCCCGCUGCCCCUGGCCUUUGCAGUUCCUCUCACAGACCCUCUCUGGCCCUUGCUCUCUUCUCCGUUUGGGACAGGCCCUGCUUCAGCCUUCCCUUCCAGCAGGGGAAAUAAAGCUGUUUGAUUCCAGGCUG